AAAGCGCCAAAAGCCAGUGGAGCGUUUAGUCGAGUGGAGAAGCCGCUUGGGGAAGGAUCAUCGACGAUCACCCUGCAUCGUCAAAAUUUUAAGCUGAUUCCGGAAAAACAGGUCCCGGACUUGGACAUUAUAUGAUCGGAUAAAGUAGAUGUCCUAAGUCUAUUUACAAUGUUAGGCACAAUCCAUGGUCUGCUGGUAGUGAGUGCCAUACUCAGCCUGGCGAAUGGAUCUGGAUACUCUACUAAGCCAAACAUAAUAAUAAUACUGAUCGAUGACAUGGGUAUGAACGAUGUCAGCUUCCAUGGCUCAAACCAGAUUCUCACACCCAACAUCGAUGCCCUGGCCUACAAUGGCGUCGUGCUCAACAAGCAUUAUGUUCCGAAUUUGUGCACUCCGUCGAGGGCCACCCUACUAACGGGAAAAUAUCCCAUACACACGGGAAUGCAGCACUUUGUGAUCAUAACCGAUGAGCCCUGGAGUCUUCCUAAGCGAGAGCGACUGAUGCCGGAAAUUUUCCGGGAGGCGGGCUAUUCGACCCACUUGGUGGGCAAGUGGCACCUGGGAUUUUGGCGAAAGGAUCUCACACCCACAAUGAGAGGAUUCGACCACCAUUUUGGCUAUUACAACGGCUAUAUAGACUACUACGACCACCAGGUUCGAAUGUUGGACAGGAACUAUUCAGCUGGCCUGGAUUUCCGGCGGGAUCUGAAACCCUGUCCCGAAGCGAACGGAACUUACGCCACGGAAGCAUUUACUUCGGAAGCCAAAAGAAUCAUUGAGGAGCAUGACAAGAGCAAGCCGCUGUUCAUGGUGCUCAGUCAUUUGGCCGUACACACGGGUAACGAGGAUAAUCCGAUGCAGGCUCCUGAGGAGGAGGUGUCCAAGUUUUCCCACAUCAAGGAUCCCAAACGGCGCACCUACGCUGGUAUGAUUUCAAGUCUGGACAAAAGUGUGGCUCGGACGAUUGGUGCCUUAAAGGAUAAUGACAUGCUGAAUAACAGCAUUAUUUUACUUUACUCAGACAAUGGAGCACCAACCGUCGGUAUCCAUUCCAAUGCUGGUUCUAACUUUCCUUAUCGCGGGCAAAAGGAAUCUCCCUGGGAGGGUGGCAUUCGAUCGGCUGGAGCUCUAUGGAGUCCGCUGCUCAAGGAACAAGGAUAUGUGUCCAAUCAGGCGAUCCACGCCAUAGAUUGGCUGCCCACACUGGCCGGAGCUGCUGGCGUCUCCUUGCCGCAAGAUCUCCAGCUGGACGGGAUUAAUCUCUGGCCUUCGCUGAGUGGCAAUGAGGAGCCGAAGCCCAGAACAAUGAUUCACGUUCUGGAUGAAGUUUUCGGCUACUCGUCGUACAUGAGGGAUACUCUUAAGUACGUCAACGGAAGCAGCUUCGGUGGUCAAUACGAUCAGUGGUUGGGGGAACUGGAGUCCAACGAAGACGAUCCAUUGAGUGAGAACUACGGAGAGUAUGUCCUGGCAUCGGAAGUUCAACGUAUCUUGGGAAAUCGGGGAUUAACCGAGGAUCGCAUCCGGCAGAUGCGAAGCGAAGCCACCCAGGAGUGUCCCCUUGUGGACGGACAGGAUCCCCUAGAUCCCCAAUUCAAAUGUGAACCCCUCAGAGCGCACUGCUUUUUCGAUCUGGCAAAAGAUCCCUGCGAGCGCUUCAACUUGGCCCAACUUUAUCCACGCCAACUGGAGGAACUCGCUGAAGAGGUGGCGCAAAUCCGGCGAUCUGCGAUUCCAAGCGCCCGAGUUCCCAAAUCGGACUCAAGGGCUGAUCCAGCUUAUCACAACGGAAAUUGGGAGUGGUGGAAUAAUACGGAAACGAACUCAAGUGCCGGCACUGGUUCGCUGCACUUAUGGAUUUUGUUAGGAAGUAUUAUAGGAUUAAGUUUGUUGUAAUUGUUUACAGCAGUAAGUUCUGUUAAGCUUUAUUCUUAAUAAAGUUUUUUUAAGUAAA